GUCUCGUCCACACUCGCCUCUCAGUCGAACCUCUGUCGCAUUGCUGUUCACGUCGCCUACCAUGGCUCCCAGCGAUGAUGCCAAGCGUGCGACAACGAUACUGACGAUUGCACAGUUGAAGUUCAAGCAGGCCAUCAAGAAAACAGACAAUGAAGACCGGCUGCCACCUGUGUCAGUGGAAAUCAGCUCGCAACUCUUUAGCGGCAUAGAUGCUGUUCUUCAGCAGAACACGCGCGUGAACGUCCAGAAAUGCACAGAAUGGAUUGUGAAGCACAUAGCUCCCUCCAAGGCCCGCAUCGCUCUUCUCGGAGACUAUCUGAUUUCUGUCUCAAAGUCCAUUGUCCUAGACUUGAACAACCCCGUAGUGGCAAAGAAGGCAGUCCGGAACCGGAUGGACCUUUUACUAAUUGUCAACGAUGUUCUCCAUACUGACAAGUUUCAUCGUCGCAGUGCCGUGAAACAGGGCAUAUUUAGCGACGUGUGUGGCAGUUUUGUCGCUGAGCUGAUCGAGCAAGCCGCCGUGUGCAUGACUGAAAAGGACUCGCAACCGGAGAAGAAGCUGAAAGCCAUCAUCAACUACUGGGCUGUCAACCAGCUUGUCAGCGCAGAUUGCCUAAAACUAUGUAGAGAUAGGGCAGACGAGGUACUGUCUAUAGCGCAUGGUGGUACGCCGGUUCGAAAGCGCAACUACCUUUUGCCCGAGUAUCAUGGCGAUAGAACAGCCCCAUGGUACGAUCUCCCCGCCUCGUAUAUGCUUGAACCUAUGAUCAAGCAUCCGAACCGCCCGAUCGACCCUUCGCAAAUCAAAAUCCAGAAGCUGGACAAGAAGCCAGUCUCUCCACACGUGCGCAACCUGCUCGACAAUUUCUUCGAAAAGAUUGAUCUCAAAUACAGACCGACUGGCAACAACCCAACUGGCGAGACUGCAAAAUACAAACUAUCCUUGGACCCCAUGGGCCAGCUGGUCAAACAGGAUAAGGAGACUGGCGAGACGACAACGGUGGCAAAUGGUUACGGGUGGUCAAUGAAGUUUUGCCAGGAUAUGCAGAAGCAUGGUGUUCCAGAGAAUAUAAAGAUCGCACGGGAGGACAUUGAGCGCAUGGAAGGUGGUGCACAGUUUGCUCCAACCAGGUCCAAGGCUCGUGACGCACGACGCAGUCACCGAUCGCCUUCAUCGGAUUCAGACUACAGACGAGGGCGGCGACAUUACAGUCGGAGCCGUAGCCGUAGCCGCCAUGGCUCGGAGUCGUCUUAUGAUAGCCGUCCAUCACCUCGACGGUCAAGAUCUGGCGCCAGGACGCAAGAACACCGCAGAUCUUCCCCCAAACCAACACACAAAGGCCAUGACCAAUCUCGACAGCUACCAAGAUCACAGGAUCGAGACGGAGGCCAGCGUGAAUCACAGUGGAGUGGACCAGGGGGUCAGAACAGAAGCGCUCAUGGUAGUCCAGGUAAUCAACCAUAUCAGGCUUCAGCAAUGCCACCCCAAAACUUCGGGCAGCCGUACUCCCAAUCGCCUCAGCCAUCAUUCAAUGCGCCUCCCUUCCCACCACAACCGGGACAGUUUCCGAUACCAAUGCCGCCGUUCGGAAUUCCACCACCACCUCCACCGCAAUUCCAGGGAGCUGGUGCCUUCGUCCCGCCCCCUCCCCCACCAAACUACACAGGCCCGUGGCCUCCACCUCCAAAUAUGAGCGUACCAGCAAACAGUUCACAACAUGGCAAUCAGUAUGGUAAUAGCAACAAUGGAUCCUACAAUCAGAACCAGGGUGGUUAUCAGGGGGGACGUGGUUAUGGUAGCCCGCAACGUGGAGGCUACAACAACAACAGGGGUAGUUGGAGGGGUGCUGGACGUGGUGGACGAUACUGAGACUCAGCUACGUUUACUGUAAUUGUACACUUGUCCGCUCUAUUUGGAUGUUUUAGAAUCAGACCCCAUUUGUGUAAUGGUGGAUUGAAGCAAACUGCGCUGAGCGAUUGGUUUUCCAAAAGACCUCAGAUUUAAUUAAUUUAAGGGUUCUAUUUUACCUUUUUCACUCUUCAUUGUAAUCUUUUAUUCAUUUCAUGUAGUUCUUAUUGUGCAUUCUUAAAUAGUGAAAUAAGUGAGUGAAACUUUCUCGGCGGU